AUGGAAACCCUAGCUGUUCCAGUGUUUGCCAAACCGGCUGACGAAUUAGGCAAUGAUGCUGUAAAACCGGCCAUCACCAGUACACCGCCACCAGGUGUAGCCAAAAAGCCACCCCAGAAAAGGAAGAAAUCGUCCGCCUCCCCACAGUCGCCGCCGGGUACUGAUGCAUCAGCGGGCACUAAAACGAAAAGAGACAACGAGCACGAUGCGAAUGGUGCACAACUGCCGGGCUCAUCCCAGGGUAACACUACACCGAGCGCUAAAAAGCAGAAGCAAAAACAACCCGACGAAGGAAAGGAAUCCGUAGGCAAGAAACAGAAAAUGUCCGGCAAACAGGCGCGCUUCCAUAUCAAGCUGUAUGCGACAUCGAAACAACCGGUCGCCAGCACGACGGUUGGCAUUGCGAAGAAAAAGAAAGCUAAACUACAGCAGCAAACGGUGGCCAGUGGUGCUGGUGCCGGUACGGAACAGCACAAACAGCAGAACGGAACUGCGGCGGAAUCGAAAAAAAAAUCAUCGAAGAAAAACCGCCCGUCGAAGGUGAACGGUUCGAUCGGUUUGCCACCGACCAGCGUCGCGACGCCGCUUAAACGCGUUACGCAGAUAAAGCAGGAACCAAAGACACCGACCAGAACGAGCACCGGUACGGCCCUGCACGAGCUGGACAGUGUAACGAUCGGGCGGCACACGUUCGCUUGGAUGAUCGGUCCCGGCACCACGGUGGAAGAGUUCAUGCGCACGCACUGGGAACGCAAGCCGCUGCUGGUGCAGCGUCACAAUCGUACGUAUUACGAAGGUCUCUUGUCCCGCGCCAUGAUCGACGAGAUGCUGCGCACGAACAACAUUGAGUACACGAAGAACAUCGACAUUACGUCGUACCGGGAUGGACAGCGCGAAACGCAUAAUCCGGACGGGCGUGUUCUGCCGCCGGACCUGUGGCACUUUUACGGCACUGGCUGUAGCGUACGCAUGCUGAAUCCCCAGACCUACCUGCGCUCGGUGUACGAGCUGAACGUGAAGCUCCAGGAAUACUUCCACUGCAUGACGGGGGCCAACUUCUAUUUGACACCGCCCGGCAGUCAGGGCUUUGCGCCACAUUACGACGACAUCGAAGCGUUCGUGCUGCAGAUCGAGGGCCAGAAGCGGUGGCGACUGUACGGACCGCGCCAACCGCAGGAAGUGCUGGCGCGUGUAUCCUCCGACAAUCUGAAUCAGGACGAACUGAGCGGACCACCGAUCCUGGACGUGGUGCUGGAGGCGGGCGAUCUGUUGUACUUUCCGCGCGGCUGUAUCCAUCAGGCCGCCACCGUACCGGGCGCCCACUCGCUGCACAUUACUGUGAGCAUGUAUCAGCGUAACUGUUGGGCGGAUCUUUUCGAGCAACUGCUGCCGAUUGCGUUGGCGACUGCGGCAGACGAGGAACCGUUGCUGCGUGAAGGUUUACCGCUCGAUCUGCAUCAACACUUUGGCAUCGUGCAUUCGGAUGGUACGAGUACCGAACGGCGACGGCUGAUCGUGCGCAUUCGUACCAUGUUCGACAAACUGUUCUCGGAUACAGCGAUCGAUGCGGCUGUCGAUCAGCUGGCAAAACGGUUCCAGCACGACGCAUUGCCACCGUUGGUCGAUUUCGGCGAGUGGGAUGAUACGGUGUACGGUGCAGGGAAUUAUGAGUUCCGCCCGGACGGAACGGUACAGUGUGCGAGACCGAUCGAAGAUCGUUCCUCGGUGCGGUUACUCCGGCGCAAUAUACUGCGGCUGGUCAGCGAGGAGGAGAAGCUACGCAUCUACUACCACACGGACAAUUCUCGCGAGUACCACCAGUACGAGGCAAACUUCCUGGAGCUGGACCACGAGACGGCGCUCGGGGUGGAGCUGCUAAUAAAGAUGUACCCGAGGUAUGUGCUGGUCAGCAGCCUGCCGGUGGAGGAUCGGCUCGAGUUCAUUCGGAGCCUUUGGGAGAAGGGAUUGAUCGUUUGCCGACGACCUGGUGAGGAUGCGAAUGUGAACAUGGCCGCUUCCACUUCGUAA